AUGUCUAAUCCCUUCACGACUGAAGCAUGGACCGAAUACGCAAUUGGUAUUGUCGUUAUAAUACUUCGAAUUACAGCGCGCUGCUGGCAGAUCCAACUACGUUGGGAUGGAGAUGAUUACUUCGCCGUACUCUGCGCCUUCUUCUUCACCGCUGAACUUGUCAUGCUGGAGCUCAUCGGCCAGAAUGGCUCCAUCACUGGAAUGAGUGACGAACUCGCGUUGCAACUUACACCUGAGGAAAGCCAACGUGUUACUGUGGGUAGUAAAUACCUUCUCGCAGGAUUACUGGGGCAGUCUGCCUUGUAG